AUGCAGCCGAGCCCAAUUCUGGACGUUGAGAUUGGUGUGGAACGAGCAAAGGUCAUGAAUGGUGCAGCAAGUGAGUGUCAAUUAAUAAUCGAAUGCUCAAACAUCUUGCAAAUUCCAGAUGAAUUUGAACGCCCUCAAUUAGAACCUCUGCUGAUGGUACAGGAAGGUGGUGAGAUGCCGUUUGCUGUAACGAAGCAGUGUGGUUUAGUUGGUGUGCAUCCUCAAGUUUUACCUGAUCAGAAAAUCAUUAACGCCUUUUUGGAGAAUAACAUGCAAGUGUUUUUCCCUCAGAUGGAAUGGCCAGAAUUCGCGAUGAUUGGCCAUUCGGUGGAAGGACGGGUGAUUCGUGCACCGAGAUGGUUCAGUCAAGCGUGGAAUGAAACACAAGACAUCGAAAAAGUUGCUCUUACGUUACAACGUUUUGGCAGAGAUGUGGCUGGGUUUGCAAUCGUCAAAGGGCACCUUGAAAACGGCGUAAUAUUAUUGCCGAUUGAUAAGGAUGAUUUGAAAGAGUGUGGUGAAAUCUUCUUCCCAUUCGAAAUCAAACGUGCUGAAUCUGAUUUCGACUAUACGGUAAGUCCUUGUUUUUCGUGCAUUUUGCGAAAUAUUAUGUGGAACCUUUAA